GGCUACGUCCCUGGGCUCAAACACCUACAACAGACAGAACUGGGAAGAUUCGUCAUGCACUGAAAAAUUCGGAUGCGCUUUAAGAAGACUGAGGCGUGUCAGACCUGCAGUAAGAUGAAGAACGUAUGUCAGACGUGUUUGCUGGACCUGGAGUACGGUCUUCCAAUCCUGGUCAGAGACACGGGCAUGUCCAUUAAAGACGACAUGCCCAGGUCUGACGUGAACAAGGAAUAUUACACUCAGAACAUGGAGAGAGAGAUCCAGAACUCAGACGGUACCAAACCGGUGGGGAUGCUGGGUAAAGCACAGAACCCCAGUGACAUGCUGCUGAAGCUGGCACGAACCACGCCGUACUACAAACGCAACAGACCCCAUAUCUGCUCCUUCUGGGUGAAGGGAGAGUGUAAGAGAGGAGAGGAGUGUCCCUACAGGCAUGAGAAGCCCACAGAUCCUGACGAUCCUCUGGCCGAUCAGAACAUUAAAGAUCGUUAUUAUGGCAUCAGCGACCCGGUGGCAGAUAAACUCCUGAAGAGAGCGUCCAGCAUGCCUCGACUGGACCCACCUGAGGACAAGUCCAUCACCACGUUAUACAUCGGGGGACUGGGAGAAAAUGUCACAGACUCUGAGCUCAGGUUUUGGACCUCCCGUGUUCCACCCCAUGGGCCCUCCUCCACCUCCUCCGAUGGCUUUGAGACCUCCAGGCCAGAUCCAUUACCCUUCAGAUCCAUGUUUCCAGAUCCAUGCUGCGAUUGAUUGCCUCCUCAUGUGGACUAGUAAAGAUUCCCUCACUGCUGCGGUUAUUGAUCUGUGGGGGUGAUGUCAUCAGAGAUACAGAGUGAUUGACUGGUACACAAUGGUAUGGUCAUGUGAUUGGGGAUGCUAUUGUGAGUGCAGUGCCACAUCAUCAUGCCUCAGUCACAUCUUACACACAGACACAGCUUACCAACAAAUAGGCCCUUGUUAUUAAAGUUUACCCAUCUUACUUCAGACACAAACUCUCUGCCUCCUCGUUAUCAUCAGUCAAAGUGUUUAAAACAUCAUCAAAAUGCUAACUUGAGUUUACAUUGAAAACAAAGCGCCGUUUAGGACUUUUUGCAGUUUGACACGAAAAAUGUAA